AUGGGCGUGGGAAAGAGAUUUGCCAAGGAUCAAUGGUGGGAAGCGAGAAAUCCCCUUGCCACCUCCAAUGGGCUCUCAUUCCAGGAUAACACUGUGCUGGUAACAGGGGCUAAUUCCGCUUUAGGCGCAUCACCUUUUAUCCUAGCUGUCCGAUCAACCGAAAAGGGUGAAGCAGCGAAAGCGGCUAUCCAACGAGAAACAGGAUGUUCCGGCGAAAUUAUCCUUAUGACGGUUGAUUUAUCGACUUUCGCGUCUGUUAAAGAAUUUGCCAGGCGCUUGGACCAACGAGUAUCGAAGCUCGAUGUACCUAGCUCUUCUUUGUGCUGCGUAUUAUCAAAUACGCUCCUAGUCUUGCUUAUUCUCCCGAAGCUGCGUGCGAGCACUACUGAAUCAGAUCACAAUGCUCUACCGCAUCUAUGCUUUCUCAAUAGCUUGGCCUCUCACAGAAGCUCAAUCAAUGACCCUUUUAAAUUUGAUAUUACAGCUCAGUAUUAUCUAGUGAAGCUAGCCGCAUUCUUCGCCAUACAAGGGAUUAUCGAGCAGCUUAAAGAGCGUGGAGAAGCUGAUGGAAUAAUCAUCAAUGCCUGCUGUCCCGGCUUGUGUAAAACAAAAAUGCCGCGCGACUUUCCUCUAGCUGGGAGCCACACUCUCGUCAGCGCUACCGGGUUGGGUCCAGAGAGCAGUGGGAAGCUGUGGAGAAAUGACAAGUAUACCGAGCCGGGAGAGGUAUUAGAUAGUGAACGUGGCCGCGAACUCUAUCGGGAAACCUGGCACGAAAUUCUGUCUAUUCUACAAAAACAUCUUUAA